UUUGACCCCGCAGAACGGCCGGUACGACAGGCCGACUGGGGCACCAGCCACCGCCAACGCAUCUGGGCAGGCCGGCGGCCGGCCCGAAACGACUGGAAAGAAGGAGACAUCGCCUUCCUCAAACCCGCCUCCGCCUUCACCGAGCAGGAGUGGGACAUGUUGAUGAAGCCCACAGCGGGGCGGCGGCGGCGGGACACAAUCCCGGAAAAGGCCACGGACCACCCCGUCAUCAUCCUACGGCAGCUCUCAGAGAAGUCAACCUACGUCAUGGUGACCACCGUCUCGGCGUACGGAUGUAGCGAUGCCACCGGCUACAUGCCGCCCUGGAAGCAGGAGUUCCACCACCACAAGCUGCCCGAGGACUUCCGCUCCCUCUACGGGUGCGAGCGUUCUAGCACGAGCCCCUACAUCUCCAGUACGGCUGCCACAUGCCCAAGCCCCGGGCUUCGUGGGUGUACAUCCAGAGCAUCUGGGCCGUGCCACUGACCGUCAUCAGCGGCUUCGACAAGGCGCGGCACCUGCUGCGGAUGGAGCUGGCGAGCCUCGAGGGCCUGCAGGAGCACAUGAACCCCAAGUGC